UCGGCCCACCGUCAUUGUCACAUCCGCGACACACACGCGGGUGGUUGUUGUUUUUCGUGGUGCUUUUGUGGCCCACUCUUAUUUUGCCGUCCCGACCAAACCACCCCUCGUCCUUCUUUGUGCGCGCGAUUCAAUCCACCAUUUGUAUUCUGCUGUCGCUUUUAAUCCCACUGUAAGGUUGAGCGUGACCUUAUCAUCCCCAUUGGGACCUCUGGCCCUGGGAAUACUCGACGCCUCUGGCUCCCGACCCUUCCUGCCGAGUCCUUGUGUUGCCCGUCUCACUCACCCGUCAUGGGUCGCAAACCGAACCAGCUGAUCCUCGAGUUCUUCAUUCGAGGCCAGAAACUCGAGGAUGCCAGUAACCGUUAUCAGCACACAUGCAAGGCCUGUGGAGAGAAAUUUCCGAAAGGUCGCAUCGAUAGUUUAACCAACCAUCUCGUCAAGAAGUGUCAAGCCAUCCCGCUGCGAGACCGUCAACGCGUCCUGUUGCGCCUCCACGAACUUCCCGAUCUCGCCGAUGGUGACCAGAACAAAGAUCCGAGUGUCGCGGGCCAGAACAAAGGAAAAGGCUCGGAUCUACCUUUCACCACUCGUCAGAACUUUGAUGGUCUGAAUGUCCUAGCCGAGGCUUCAAGGCAAGUGGGCGCGUCCGACCAGACUAAACGGGGCGGCCCUGCGUAUACUCAAUCAGUUACUGUCGGUGGUAAGACGGUUGUUGUCGACCCUGCGCUUGAAGCCGAGGGCUUUCAGGGCCAUCCGCAGACAGAGCACGUUGAGGAAGACGUGAAGCCACCUGGAACUCCCCAAGGCUCUAACGCAACACUUCCAUCCCUCCCCAAUACUUCGCAAGAUCAACCUCCGUCCGCGUCUCCUCCGCUGGCGGAAGCUUCGCUGACACCUGACCCUACCUCUAAUGCUCGCCAGUCGCAACUCUCCAUGAUCGCCGCUUCUGCUAGCGAGAUGGUGCCACAGGGAAUGCCGUUGGACCAUGACAUCGUCGAUGGCUUGCCGAAAGUGGGCUCAUGGAACCAACAGCUCUCCACUCAGGAACAGCUCCUAUUCGAUAGUCUCCAUGAACAUGAUCCUACACUUACCGCUGCGACGCAGCGGGCUGCUGCUUUCCCACGUCCUAUCGCGAUGAACCCCAACUCACAGGCGAAGGGGUUCGUAAAUGAAUUUGGUAACUCGACCAAACCGACGAAGCCGAAGGUCCGCGGGCGUUUUUCUGCGGCCAGACGUAGGGAGGUACAAGAGGUCAGAAAGCGCGGCGCGUGUAUUCGUUGUCGCAUGCUCAAGAAACCUUGUUCCGGUGAUAGUCCUUGCACUACCUGUGCCAGUGUAGAAAGCGCGCGGUUGUGGAAGCAUCCAUGUAUUCGGACGCGCAUCGCGGAAGAGUUUGAACUGUACAAUGCAAACUUGCACGCCACCCUGGCAUAUCACGACGUAAGCGGUAUCCGAAACCAGGUCAAGUUUGAGCAUUAUGCCGGCCGUAUUGAGGUUACCCACUUUGAAGAGAGCAUGGUGUAUGUCACCUUUAGUGCGCUCCAGGGUCACAAACCAUCUACCUCGACGCUUGAUCCCCAACUCCAAGGACUUGGAGACGACUCGCAAUUCCAGGGACCACUUCACGAACUUUACUUGCUUGACAGCGAUGCAGACGACUUACCUGGAAAGCUUGAGAUGUACAUCAAAAAGACCGCACCAUUCUUCUACGAGAGAGAAGCUUCUGAAGUCAUGAGGCCCACUCUGCUGCUUGCCUCAGAAUUGAGUCAGCAGAAGAAGGAUGUUCUGCUGGAGCGGGUGCUAGAGCUCUGGGUUGCUACUCACAUUCUGGUCGACUCAGAUUUGCGUUGGAGAACAUUCUGCAACCCUACCCUUCCCCCUACUUCGAUGCAGGCUCUCGCGCAGCCAUCGGAUGAUGGACGCAUGCCAAUCGACGAAGUCACCAACGCUGAGUCUUACGCACUCCUGUGCAGCCAGCUGCGCGCAGCAACCGAGAAGCGUGCCUCGCAACUGAGCAAGUCGGUGAUGAACGACCUCGAACGACGCCUGCUUCAGCGUCAGCAGAGUGGCUGGUUUGAGACUUUCUUGGUUGCCCUCAUCCUUCUGAACUGUGUGGAGAGAACCUGCUGGCUGUUCCGCUCUUGGGAAGACGAGGCGUUUGCACAGCGCUGGCCUUUGGACAAACGUCCUCCUUACUACGCAAGCCAGGGCGAUCGCUUCUCUGAUAUUCUGCAUAUGCUGCUGAAGAUGCGCAGCCUGCCGCCCAAAGCAACUCCACGCGCCGACAAUGGUAUCUUGAAGGCGGUAGACGGUAGCGACAUAAACGCAGCUCGCUGGUUUGAUAUGAUUAAAGUUUCCCCUCUAUACCUUGAACAACGACAGGCUGCUGUCUUCGAUCCCAACGACUCUCGCUCCCUCGACCUUCGCUACGGAGCAAAACUGUUGCCACCUACGAACGUUUACACAUGAUUUGCGCUGGUCCACAAACUGUGACUAAUGAAACAAAACGAACCAAUGACUUUGAAAAGAUUGAUUGAAGCCGGCUUUUCGUGAUAGGUAUUGUACUUGACUGGGUCUGAAGGAGGGUUUUGCAAUGAAAUUAGCUUGCUGAAAAAAAGGGCAUUUAUGGGGUUUUCAGUUUCUUUUCCCCUUUUCUUUUCUUUUCUUUUCUUCUCUUCCUCUUUAACCUUCUAUUUGAAACCGAGCACCCAAGUGUAAUCUACAGAUUCCGUGCCUUGCCCCCAUAUCGCUGCAUGAGUCCCCAUGGUUUCUAGUCCUAGCUAUAAAUGGAAAAUAAUAAUCGUCCCUCCCCUACCAAGCAGGGCGGAAUCUUGAAUGAGA